AUGGACGAUACUGUGUACGUAGUGUAUACAAGUUAUGUGUAUCAGAGCUGGUUGACUCUUCUUAUUUGUGGCGCUCGGGAUAUUGGACUGGAAUUUGGAAUCUCAAAGUUCCCCCGAAGUUUGGAAUAUGGCCUAUGGGGUUCUAUCCAACAUGCUCUUUCAACUACCGCGUCAGCUACAAAUGCUAUUUUUUCACUACUUCAGAACUUGUCUGCUGAUUUAUCGCAACGAUUAGCAACUGUAAUAUGGAGUAUUUUGAAACACCGCAAUCUUAGAGUUUGGGAAGAUGUAAUAGAAACUAGUGAUUUAGUUGUGGAGCGAGCUCGAAAAAUGGUUGUUGACUGGCAAUUAGCAACCGCCCCUGACGCUAUUGUUUCCACAGAUCCCAGUUCGUCGUCAUUGACCCUCAAUGGGGGGCCUUCUACUUCGACAUUACACAAUGGCAGUCGAUGGCAACAUCCUAUGCCGGGACGGUACAAAUGCAACAUCGAUGUCGCUUUCUCUAACUCUCUCAAUCGAACAUGUAUUGGUAUAUAUAUUCGGGAGUCAGACGGUAGUUUUGUGUUGGCAAAAACUGUGUUGCAUCCUUGUUUUCUUCCGGUAGAUGUGGGCGAAGCACUUGGUUUAUACUUAGCUUUACAAUGGCUCAGUGACAUGCAGUUUGAUAAUGUGGAUUUUGAAACGAAUUCUAAGUUGACGGCUGAUGCUUUUCUCUCUGACAAGAACAACACGUGUGAAUUUGGUUGCAUUAUUACUUAUUGUCGUUCUUUGUUUAACUCUUUAUUUUCUAACUCUAUGGUGGAGUUUGUUAGGCGACAAGCUAACGGGGUUGCUUAUGCACUUGCAAGAGAUGUCACGUUACUAACUAGUCUCGCUGUCUAUUAUGAUAUACUCAUUAGUUCAGUUAAAAAUAAGAUGCUUAAGUAA